CCAGAAACCAGGUAUUUCCAGAAACUAGGAUUUGUUUUUCCCCCAGGGGACUUGGCUGCUUCAUAUUUUCCUUCACAUUUCUUCAUAUUUUUGCAAAGGCUACCUUUUGCUUCUUAGCAGGCCGCUUUCUUGGCAUAAGUGAUCUUUAGAGUUCUCUUCCAGUAGACCCAGAGGAAAACAGAGAUCUGAUCUGGUCCCACAGAGUACCAGAAUAUUUGUUUUUAUUGAAAGCAGGUGCCUUGGCUGGGAUCCCAAUCCUGAACAGACCAGAUGAAGUCUUGGCUUGUGCCCUGCAUUCUGUUUGCAUGGCUGUUCCCUGCCUCAGCAGAUCAUUGUCUCGAUCCUCCUCCAGUCAACUAUAGCAUUCUUGUAGUAACAGCUAUAGAAGAAAGGUUUCUGGUGACUUACAGCUGCAUCAGGGGCUACCACCUAGUAGGGAAGAAAGAGCUUUUUUGCAAUAAAACCUCCUUGGAAUGGGACUCCCCAGCACCCACCUGUCUCUUGGGUCACUGUCCUAACCCUGUGUUGGUUAAUGGUCAACUGAAUUCCUCAAAGCUGGAGCCUGUUUCUGAGGAGGAAGUGGUCACCUUUAAAUGUGACCCUGACUACAUCCUGAAGGGCAGUAAUUGGAGCCAAUGCCAGAAUGAUCACACCUGGACACCUCCCCUUCCCAUCUGUAUAAUGGGACAGUGCAAAUCUCUCACAAGGCCAAAGCACGGCCAUUUUAAAGCAAGAGACUUCAAUUCAGGGUCAAACAUUACCUUCCACUGUGAUGUCGGGUACCGGUUAAUAGGGUACCAUAGCCUGCAGUGCAUGGAUGGGAAAUGGAGUGAUGAGCCCCCCAUUUGUGAAGAGAUCAUAGAAGCCACCACAGAGGCCCCAGUGGAAGCAGAGAAGUCAUGUGCAUUGCAGGCAAGGAACAUUUGUGAAACUGUACAAAAGUUGAUGUGGUGUCAAAAAGAAAGAGGAAAGACAUUAGAGGAGCUGAAAUACUCCUUGGAAGUCAAGAAACUCCAGCUGGAAAAAAUAAAAGCUGUCAUGAGCACAGAAUUAAAGGCAGGAAGCUUUUGAAUAAACUUUCUUUUUGAUUCUGAAAUUCA